UACCGUGACACGCGACGCUCGCUCUCCUCCAGCAGCGAAGCAUUGUCAUACACAAAAGCAUCUACAGGUCCAGAGUGACAGAGAAUGGGCAGAUGCCUCUCUUUUCUACUCCUCCUGGGCGUCGCGCUUAAGCUCGCCGGCCCGGCCAACGGCGACAUGUCGGCGGCGUUCGCCGGUACAGGGGCGGCGUACAGCAUCGACGGCGCGGUGCAGCAGCUGAUGUCGCCGCCGUUGAUGAAGCUGGAGGACGGCGUGGACCCUGAGCUCAGUAUCGACCUGGAGGUGCACCGCCGCGUCCUCGCCGGCAUCAGCCCCGGUGCCCUGAGCCGCAACAGGCCCGCCUGCCCCGGCGCGUGCCCGGCUCCCGGAGGAUCGUACACCAACCGGGGAUGCCAGAAGAAGUACCAGUGCCGUGGCUGAAUGGAGCAGCAGAGCACUCUGGCCGGCAACCUCCUGCACGCGUGCACGUUCGACCGGCGUAAAUUUUCAUUUCACAUUUAUAUUUCGUUCCGCUAUCUUGGAAUAAUGUGGCAGUCUUGUUGGAACAAUUGUGACGUGAUAUCGAUUGUUCUUGUUCACAGAA